AUGUGGGAGUCAUCCGGUGGAGGGUACCGUAAUGGAAUAGAUUACAUCAUCUUCAAUAAAAGGUUCUGCCUGACGGGCGUCGCUGUUGUGCUAAAGUUCUAUACGGGAUUGGACCAUCGCCUCCUCCGAGGAAGAUUUAUCAGAAAUAUCAGAACUAUCAUUUACUGGGAUCUCUUCGCUACGCUAGCCGGCUUUUGGGAAGAUUCCACAAUGGACAACAUCGACGAGGAAUACGACCGGCUCGUUGAACACCUUCACGACUGCACGAAGAAGGCUGAGAGUUUCAAAACCUCCAAAAGACGCCUGUCUCUUGAAACUGUUCAGCUGAUACACCAGCUUGGAGCGAGCCGCAGGGAACUAAGAACUCACGUCCGAGUUCGCAAGACUCUGCAGAGAGGUGAUAAAGGAAGACCUUAA